UUUCUAUACUACAGUAUUUUUCGAUCUUUGUUUAAUAAAUUAACGGUUUUUGUACCGCCUUGUCGGUAGUGCUAUAAUUGCGAUAAUUGUGCAGUAAGCAACGAACGAUGUUUGGCAUUAUCGAAAGAAGCUUGUUAAGAAGUCAAGCUGCUCUGCCGGCUAGCCUACUAUACUUAUGUGAUGAAACACGUUACAACUUGCGUCAUAUUUCCAUCUGCCAACCUUUGUCCAAACCUGAAUUGAAGAGGCAUAUAAAAACAGAGAAAAAGUUGAAACAGAAAAUAGAAAUAGAUUUGAAAAAGAAAGAGGGAGUGAAAGUGUCCAAUAAAGGAAUAACACAAGCCAGUCAAAAUCAGAUUUCAGAAGAGAAUAUUAGCCCGAAUGAAUAUUUCAAACUUCGAGGGCAAGCCAUUCAGAAGCUUAAAGCUACACCAGAGGAACAUCCAUAUCCACAUAAAUUUCAUGUGUCCAUAUCAUUGCAGGAAUUCAUUGAAAAGUAUAGGAAUACAAUAACUGAUGGAGAAAUGUUGGAGAGUGAAACCUGUAGUAUUGCUGGUCGAAUACAUUCAAUCAGAUCAGCAGGUGCUAAGUUAAUAUUCUAUGACCUUCGAGGAGAAGGUGUAAAAGUUCAAGUGAUGGCCAAUGCAAGAUUUUAUUAUGAUGAAAGCAAAUUUGAGCCAGAUAACUCAAAAAUUGGUAGAGGUGAUAUUAUUGGUAUUGUUGGCUUUCCUUGUAAAAGUAAGAAAGGAGAAUUUUCAAUUAUGCCUAAAAGUAUAAAACUUCUGAGCCCUUGUUUGCACAUGCUUCCUCAUUUACAUUUUGGAUUGAAAGAUAAAGAAACAAGGUUCCGUCAACGUUAUUUAGAUCUGAUCAUUAACAAUCACGUCAGACAAAAGUUUUACAUUAGAGCGCAAAUUAUUUCUUACAUACGUAAAUUUUUGGAUGAACUGGGUUUCUUGGAAAUUGAAACACCAAUGAUGAACAUGAUUGCUGGUGGUGCAACAGCAAAACCUUUUAUCACGCAUCACAACGAUCUCAAACUGGAUUUGUACAUGAGGAUUGCACCAGAACUUUACCACAAAAUGUUAGUGGUAGGAGGAAUUGAUAGAGUUUACGAAAUCGGAAGACAGUUCAGGAAUGAAGGUAUCGACAUGACUCACAAUCCUGAAUUCACCACUUGUGAAUUUUACAUGGCCUAUGCGGAUUACAAUGAUUUGAUGGCUAUUACUGAGGAUAUGAUUUCGGGCAUGGUUAAGUUAACACAUGGUACUUAUAAAGUAAUCUACCAUCCAGACGGUGAAGAAGGUGAAGCAGUAGAAAUAGAUUUUACUCCGCCAUUUAAGCGAAUAUCAAUGUUGAAAAGUCUUGAGGAACUUCUGAACGUUAAUUUUCCUAAGGCUUCCGAAUUAAAUACUCCAGAGGCUAAUAAAUUCCUCAGUGAUCUUUGUAUAAAGCAUGAGGUUGAAUGUCCAGCACCAAGGACCACUGCUAGAUUACUAGAUAAACUGGUCGGCGAGUUCAUUGAAGAAAAGUGUAUAAAUCCAACAUUCAUUUUGGAUCAUCCACAAAUUAUGUCUCCGCUUGCUAAAUACCACCGUUCUGCGGAGGGUCUCACGGAACGAUUUGAACUUUUUGUCAUGAAAAAAGAAAUUUGUAAUGCAUACACGGAGUUGAAUGAUCCGUUUGUACAAAGGGAAAGAUUUGAGCAACAGGCAAAAGAUAAGGCUGCUGGUGAUGAUGAAGCACAAUUAGUUGACGAUAAUUUCUGUACAUCUUUAGAAUAUGGUUUGCCGCCUACUGCAGGUUGGGGUCUCGGAAUUGAUCGUCUAACUAUGUUCCUCACUGACUCUAAUAAUAUUAAAGAGGUACUGUUCUUCCCGGCUAUGAAGCCUGAUGAUCCAAACAGAAAUAAAGACGGUAUACAAGAGACUAUAGGAGCUGUUGAUAAUACAGCAAAAUAAAUUUUGGAAAAAGAAUUUUCGUUAAAAGUUUAUUAAUAAACAUAAUUUAUCGUAACAUUGUUUUAUAUUCUUCUACCUAGAUAAUCGUGUUACAAUAAACAUAGACUUGAAUGAA